GCUCCCAGGCGCCACUAGCAAGACCAAUGACAUACCGCCAUCAGCAAGAGAUGUUCAACCACCUAGAUUGUUUAUAUGUGGAUGCUAAAACGACCAUCCGAUCAACCACACAGGUCUUCGGGGAUGACCCCGUUUAUAAAUAGCUUGAGCAUUUGUUUCUCAGAUUCAAUCAUCUGCAUUAAACCAAGUAGUGCUCUUAGUGCAUAUCCGAUUUUCUAUCCGAAUGUUUCGCGUCUUACUAAUACGCAUGCGCAUCCGGCGGUUCGCGGUUGCGCCAACUCGGAGAGGAUGUUGCUUGUAGCCAGUGUUGAUGCACAGGAUUUUUCACAACAAUAACAGCAACUGAUUCAUAUAUCAAGAUACCUUUUUGCGGACAAAAUCGUCGACAGGCACUUGGUUAGCAGUGCAUUGGACCACGCGAGGCCGAAUUGGCUGUCCUAUUUCCCCUACCGUCUCCUGUGGACCAUGAAAACGGACGGGUUUGCAGAUUUACAAGCCUCUUUUUUGCAGGAGCAGAAACAAGAAUCAUGGCUGGCCAGCUAGGCCGCACAUUAAUUUGGGGGCUAUCCGCUUUCAUUGGGUACAGUGCAUUGUAGACAGGAACGACACGUUUCCCCGAGGACUGCUGCUAGGUAGAUAUAUCUCCUUAAACAUUUGCAUUUGUCUAAGAAGGGCUCGCAGGCUCAGCUUGAUCGCUGUAGCUUCACAACCUUGAGUGGUGGACGCUUUGCCUCCGUCGUUAGCGGCGUUAGCUCGCUAGCGUUAGAUGGUAGCUCGCUAGCGUUAGAGCGUUGGAUGGUGAACCAAUCUCAGGCAUAGAUACUAGUGAAAGGACGGCAUUUCGGGACCCGCUUGUAUCAUUCUGUGCUCUGUCAUUUGUACUGAAAAGUCGUUUUGAUACGUCGACUCCUGGAUGAAUGUGGGACAAAAUGGAGACCCCAACGAUUGUCUACGACUUGGAUACCUCUGGGGGCUUAAUGGAGCAAAUCCAGACGCUGCUGGCACCCCCGAAGUCCGAAGAACCGGACAAGAGGAGUCGCAAGUAUGUGAGGGACGCACGGAGAAGUGGCAGGGCCACCAACCACGACACCUGCGAUAGCUGUAGGGAAGGGGGAGACCUCCUGUGCUGCGACCACUGCCCUGCGGCCUUCCACCUCCAGUGCUGCAACCCUCCGUUGAGCGAAGAAAUGCUGCCACCUGGGGAAUGGAUGUGUCAUCGUUGUAAUGUUCGAAAAAAGCGGGAGCAGAAGUCCGACCAGACCAACGGCCUGCCGGACAAGCUGGUGUCGAAGCGUGCAGCGUCGCCGGCCGUGGAGCUGGAGCUCAACCCCGGCGCCCUGCGUCUGGACGGCCUGCCGCCCGGGGCCGGCGCCGCGGGGCCCGGCCUGAGGGUGGCCCAGGUCCGCCUGCUGGACCGCCGGAGCAGCAGCAGACCCAGCAGUCGUCCAGGCACGCCCACCUCAAACAGUUCGUCCACGCCCACGCCGUCUGAGGACCAGAACGACGGCGAGGAGGAGGCGGAGGCCGAGGAGGAGGCGCUGGGCUCAGAGCUGGAGGGCUCCUCCAAUCUGGCCCCGGCACCGCGCCUCCUGAAGAGACCCUUCCAGCUGCUGAUCGCUGCUGCCAUGGAGAGGAACCCCACGCAGUUCCAACUGCCUAAUGAGCUGACCUGCACCACCGCACUUCCAGGUAGCAGCAAAAGGAGGAAAAAAGAGGAACUGCUUGGCAGGCCGUUCAGGAGGCCACAGCAUGAGCUGGACUCCAACGGCCUUGUCCCUCUACCGGUCAAAGUCUGCUUCUCCUGUGGAAGGAGUUGCAGGAUGGCGCCACUCAUCCAGUGUGACUAUUGUCCCCUCCUGUUCCAUAUGGACUGUCUGGAUCCUCCCCUCACCACCUUGCCUGCGGGCAAGUGGAUGUGCCCCAAUCACGUUGAACACUUAGUGCUAAACCAGAGGACCCUGAACCUAACCAGCCGCUGUCAGCUCUUCGACCAAUUUCAGGACAGGAUGUCUCAGCACGCCGUCAAAGUGGACUUUCUCCGUCGGGUUCACAGGCAAAACGUACCCAACCGACGCACUCCUCACCAGCACAACAAGAAGACGAUCAAGGUACCAGAUGCUGUCAAGUCCCAGUACCAGAACCCUCCUCCCAUGCUGGCGUCAGCCGGAGUCCGCCAGUCGGAGCUGGUAUGCAGCGGUGCUCCCGAGCAUCAGACCCCCAAGUACUUCACCACGGAGACCGAGCAGAAAGAGUGGCUUCAAGAUGUGAUCGCUCUGCAGUGCAGCAUUAUGCGUCACCUCUCAAUGAAGCAGAAGGCUUCGUCAUCAACCUCACCCUCCUUAUCCCUCGAGUGGGCAUCUGAACAGAAAGCCAGUGCAAAAUCCAGCCUCGUACCAGAUGCCCUCAAGCCCCAAGACUCUUCAGAAAGGACUCCCGCACCAGGUCCCAAACGCUGUAGUAUACACAAUGACCCCCAGGGGGUCUUCGCCUCCAAGGACCCCACAGCCGCACUGCCCCAGAAAUGUGACUGUCUUGUCACAACCUGUAAAAAUAGUAGGAAACCCAAUGGACCCAUUACAGACGAGCCGCAGCAAUAUCCAAUGGCCAACGGGCCCUUUGUCUGCAACACGGUCCCCGACUCCCCCAGGCAGACGGAGGCCCAGCUCAGGCUGAAGCCCCAGGCCACCACCCUCAAAGACUUGGCCUCCACAGCCAACCACAUAGCUGGGGCUCCCAUCAAAAGAGAGAGCGAGAGCAGCCCUGAAGUGAGUCUCCAGAAGGACGGUCCCGCAGCUUGUCCCACCACAGAUAUCCGUCUGAAUCACAGAGCCCAGCCGGAGCUUAAGAUGGAGUGUACCAUUGAUCAGAAGCCCCCCGCCGUUGUCAGCGGUGGCCAGCCAGCUGCCCCGCAACAGAAGGCCACCCAGGACACCCACACCGCACACAAGUUAGGGACCUCGACGUCACCGGCAGAUUUAAAAACAGGUCCUGGAGGCAUGGAAGCUGUGUACCCCAGUGCAUUCUCCUCCUUACCAGAGCUAUCCAACUGUAUUAAAGCCUGCAUAGGAGAUGAUGGGGGGAUCGAGCUAAACAAGUUGGAUGCAGAGAUGGUGAAGCUUUUAGCUUGGCAACGGAUACAGCAACUUUUCCCCCCGAAAGAUCCCUCCAUGUCUCAGCAGAGCGAGCCAUCACCCGUUCCUGGUCCACUCUCAUUAAAAUCACAGUCUCCUUGCCCCGAGGCCAAGAAAAAGGUGCAGACAAGAGCAGUAUUUUACUCUCUAACAGGAAAAGGAGAAGCUGUCAACAUGUGUUACAGGACUUUGUACAUAGGAACUGGUGCUGACAUGGAUGUGUGCCUUACAAACUAUGGUCAUUGCAACUUCAUUUCGGGGAAGCAUGCCUGUAUUUUCUAUGAUGAGAAUACAAAACAUUAUGAGCUGCUGAACUAUAGUGAACAUGGAACCACAGUGGACAAUGUCCUCUACUCCUGUGACUUCUCUGAGAAGGCCUCUCCUUCUCCACCUAGUGGCCUCGUGUCAGAUGUGCAAGGCAUUAUCCGUCGCAGCAAGAAAAGAGAGGAGAAUGAUCAGCCUCGUUCUGUGAUUGGACUGCUGCCAGCCGGAGGUGUGAUGAGCUGCCAGCCCCAGGGAGUCAAGGGGCUGGUGUGCAGCUGCAAGGCCAGCAGCUCCAGCCUGAUAGGAGGCAGCGGGGCAGGCUGGGAGGGCACGGCCCUCCUCCACCACGGCAGCUACAUCAAGCUGGGCUGCCUGCAGUUUGUCUUCAGCAUUGCAGAGUUUGAUCUCAAGCGGCCAAAAGAGGAAGAGGUGGUGGUUGCGACGGUGGCCAGCUGCACUGGCAGCAGUGCUGCUAGUAAUGCUGCUGCUGCUGCUGUUGUUGUGGUCCCCCCUUCCCCCAGCAUCACCCCUGCACCUGUGACGCCCACUAGGAACACUGCCUUGGUCAGCACCAUCCUCACACAGGGAGACCAAGAGACUCGUAUUUCCCUCCAAGUACCAGUGCUGGGGUCCAGUGCCGUUCCGUAGCCAAUAG